CAUUAGGUCUUCGAUACCCUUUUCCUGAAUUCAUGAUGCAAUUCUUUCGAACCACCGGCAUCUCUUUUGCCCAAACCAUGCCCAUGGUUUGGAGAGUACUAAUUGUACUUAACCAAAUCAAAAAUCUCCAUUGUUCCGACCUUCGCAUCGAGGAUUUGCCUAUUGCUUAUCGCCUCCGAUCCCACGGCUCUAGCCGAUUCUUGCUCUUCUCGACAUCCAGCAAACCCUUGAUUCUCAAGGCCACCAAAAACGAAGACGGAUGGCAGCGCAAAUUUUUCUUUGUCAAACGAGACUCCAUUGCUGAGGGUGCCAGCCUUCCGGUGGAGUGGUUAACCACCGGUAGGAUCAUAAAUAUCCUCAUAGACCAUUUGAUUGUUAUCUUCUAUUAAUACUCUUCUUUUUGAUCUUUAUGCAGUGAACUUCAAGGAAGUUGCUCCCCCUACCGCUGAGUCAGAAGAGAGAAUCAAUACUGUUUACCGGUUACCUGCAAUAGACAGGACUUUCACCACACACGUCCCGAGUUCCAGCCAAUACUCAUCAUCCGAGAUGUCUGCACCAGCUAAGAUCCCUGAAGUCUUUGAUCUUGACGAAUUGGACAGCUAUUCUGACCAGAUCCAGGUCAAGAAAGAACCUAGCCCCAAGACCACAGCUACAUCCAAACCCAGCAUCUCCAAAGCCAUCAUCAUUCCUAAACCCUCACCGGCUACCAAACCCCGGAGUUCAAGUUCCCGCAAAAGGAAAGAACCUGAUUCCCCUGUCAUUUCUGACACAUUUCCUUACGAGAAGCACGGGUUCAUUGAAGCUAGCGGGUUUAUGACUUCUUUUCUUAACCAGGGUCUUGAGCGCUUGGUUAACUUAUAUCAAGAAUCCUGCAAGCUCAACAAGACACUUGAAUCUAAACUAAAGGAAGCAGAAAUCACAAUCUCCGACCAAGGUAUGAUUGCGGCCGCCAAAUCUCGUCAUUACGAGGAGAAAUACAAAGCUAUGACCCAAGAACACCAAGUUGCUCUCAAAAAAGCUACUCUUCAAGCCCAGGCCGAUCUGGAAGCCGCCCAUGUGCAGUAUGAACGGGAUAUGGUCAGCUACCGGGAAAGCCUCAAAAGUUCCGUCGUCAUUUCUCUUCUCCAAGCCAGGUUGAAGAUGGCUCAUGAAGCCAAAACAUUAGGUUUCGACUGCCCUUCUUGGGAUGUUGGUGCUUGGGAGACCAAGCUAAAGAACCUUGGCGGCACCUCUUCCAAAUCAACUGUCGAUGAACCUUCCAAAACAGUCGAAAAAGCAACCGAUGCUGAGAAGGAUACUGAGGCGGAUCCCAAGACGGAUGUUGCUGAAAGCACUAUGGACCAAGAAGGCACUACCCCCUAG